AUGGCUAAACGCAUAGCAAGCCCUGUAGCGUUGAAGCUAGACUUGCCUAAACGCGUAGCAAGCCAUGUAGCGUUGAAGCUGGACUCCCCUAAACGCAUAGCAAGCCUUGUAGCGUUGAAGCUGGACUCCCCUAAACGUGUAGCAAGCCUUGUAGCGUUGAAGCUAGACUCCCCUAAACGCAAAGCAAGCCCUGUAGUGUUGAAGCUGGACUCCCCUAAACGUAUAGCAAGCCCUGUAGCGUUGACACUGGACUCCCCUAAACGCAUAGCAAGCCCUUUAGCGUUGAAGCUGGACUCCCCUAAACGCAUAGCGAGCCCUGUAGUGUUGAAGCUGGACUCCCCUAAACGUAUAGCAAGCCCUGUAGCGUUGACACUGGACUCCCCUAAACGCAUAGCAAGCCCUGUAGCGUUGAAGCUGGACUCCCCUAAACGCAUAGCAAGCCCUGUAGCGUUGAAACUGGACUCCCCUAAACGCAUAGCAAGCCCUGUAGCGUUGAAGCUGGACUCCCUUGAGCGUGUAGCAAAACCUUAUAGAAUUGAGAGGGAUUUUACCUAUAGCAAAACCCACAAGAACAAUAAUGUAAAACACUCUAGAUAG